AUCCGCCUUUCUUUUCCUUACAGUCUCAGCCUCUAUCCUGUCUGUCUCUCUCUCUCUGUCUUAUCUACAUUGAUAAUGGAAGGGUUUAAGGCCUUGCAGGGUUUCUCAAAGUUGCUAACUUGCUACAAUAGAUAAGGUAAUGCAACACAUUUAAACUUCUUUCCCCUUUCAUUCUCUUUGCUUAAUUUUCUCUGUAAUGGUUGCUCCUCUCACUAUGUCCAUGGAUCUUCAUUAUAAUUUGGGUGUUCCAAAUGUAUCAGAACCCAAACUCUCCUAUUUCUUCUCUAAAACCUCCAGACACCCAAUUCGAAAAUUCACUAUUUUUUGCAGUUCCUCAAAAUCCCCUCCCAAAUUAGAACAAACCCAUACAAAUCCUUCUCUUUCUGACCAACUUAAGCCUCUUUCUGCUACAAUUCUCUCAGAAAAUGCUCAAGAACAAGCUCAACUUUUGAGAAAACCUCCCAAAUCUACUUGGGUCAAUCCCACAAAAUCUAAGCCUUCUGUUCUUUCUCUCCAACGCCAAAAGCGCUCUCCUUUCUCUUACAAUCCUCAACUCAGGGACCUCAAACUCUUCGCUAAGAAGCUCAAUGACAUUGAUUGCUCUUCUGAGGAAGCUUUUAUUUCCAUUCUUGAGGAAAUCCCACAUCCAAUCACUAAAGAAAUUGCCCUUUUGAUGCUUAAUUCUUUGAAACCAUGGGAGAAGACUUUGCUUUUCUUCAAUUGGGUGAAGGCCAAAAAUUUGUUUCCUAUGGAAACUAUCUUUUAUAAUGUUACUAUGAAGUCUUUGAGGUUUGGUAGGCAAUUUGAGCUCAUUGAAGGUCUUGCAAAUGAGAUGAUAGAUAAUGAGAUUGGUCUAGAUAAUAUUACGUAUUCGACGAUUAUUACUUGUGCUAAGAGGUGUAAUCUCUUUGAUAAAGCGGUGGAGUGGUUUGAGAAGAUGUAUAAGACUGGUGUGAUGCCUGAUGAGGUCACGUACUCAGCUGUUUUGGAUGUGUAUGCUAAGUUAGGGAAGGUUGAGGAGGUUAUGAGUUUAUAUGAAAGAGGGAGGGCGAGUGGGUGGACUCCGGAUCAAAUAGCAUUUUCCGUUCUUUGUAAGAUGUUUGGUGAGGCAGGGGACUAUGAUGGUAUUAAGUUUGUAUUGCAGGAGAUGAGGACUCUAGGGGUACAGCCUAAUUUGAUUGUCUAUAAUACUUUGUUAGAGGCAAUGGGUAGGGCUGGAAAGCCUGGAUUGGCUAGGAGUUUCUUUGAGGAAAUGGUUGAAUCAGGUGUUACCCCGAAUGAAAAGACUCUAACAGCACUUGUUAAAGUCUAUGGUAAGGCAAGGUGGGGUAAGGAUGCUUUGGAGCUCUGGGAGCGAAUGAGGUCAAAGGGAUGGCCUAUGGACUUCAUCUUGUAUAACACAUUGCUUAGUAUGUGUGCUGACCUUGGGUUGGAAGAGGAAGCUGAGAGGCUCUUCGAUGAUCUGAAACAGUCCGAGCACUGUAGGCCUGAUAGCUUUAGCUACACGGCUAUGCUUAACGUAUAUGGUAGUGGAGGAAAGGUUGAUAGGGCCAUGGAGUUGUUUGAGGAAAUGUCGAAAAUGGGUGUUGAGCUCAAUAUCAUGGGAUGCACUUGUCUCAUACAGUGCUUGGGAAAGAGUAGGAGAAUUGAUGACUUGGUUAGAGUUUUUGAGGUCUCAAUUGGGAGAGGCAUCAAGCCAGAUGAUAGGCUCUGUGGUUGCCUGCUUUCUGUUGUGUCCUUAUGUGACAACACUGAAGACGCGAAUAAGGUUCUUGGUUGUUUGGGACAAGCUAACCCAAAAUUGGUUGCCUUCAUCAAAUUGAUAAGUGAGGAGGGAAAUACAUUUGAGAUGUUAAGGGAAGAGUUUAAGAGUAUACUGACGAAUGCACAAGUUGAAUCUCGAAGACCGUUCUGUAAUUGUUUGAUUGACAUCUGCAGGAAGAGAAACAUGCAAGAGAGAGCUCAUGAGCUUCUAUAUCUGGGAACCAUUUUCGGGUUGUACCCAGGUCUACACAAGAAAACCGCAGGUGAGUGGAGUUUGAAUGUGAGAUCACUAUCUGUUGGUGCAGCCCACACUGCUUUUGAAGAGUGGAUGACAAGUCUAUCAAAUAUUGUAGAGCGCGAAGAGGCAUUGCCAGCAUUAUUUUCAGCCUAUACUGGUGCAGGAACUCACAAAUUUUCUCAAGGUUUGGCUAGUGCCUUUGCUGCUCAUGUAGAGAAAUUGGCCGUACCAUUUAGGCUUAGUGAAGAUAGAGUAGGUUGUUUUGUUGCUACUCGAGACGAUAUUGUAUCAUGGGCGCAAUCUAGGAUUCCAUCUCCUGCUUUGUCAGCCUAAAUUAGGAGCCAAAGGCUAAUACUACAUUACCUUAAAUUUUGUAAUAUACUGGCUCUUUUGUAGGCUGCCAGAAUAUUGUUAUUUUUAUCUUAAUUGUGUCUUUGAAAGCCUUAGAGAAAGCAUAAUCUUACUUUUCAUUGUUAUGCAAUGUCGAAAUUACGAUUCACACAA